GUCCUCGUGUGUAAAUAUCCUUCCUAGCAGAAGAUUGUUUCGGUUUCAUUCAUCUCGCGAGUGCCAUGGCAACCAGGUGGAGGCACAUCUUCUGUGUGGUUUUCGUUCGGGUGUCUCUUCGGUGAAAAGCUACCAUUUGGACACGGUUUGAAUCUGGAGUGACAAAGAGUCUGAGCGUGAGUUUGCAUGUGCUGUUGAACUUGAAGUUUAGUCAUUCAUCAGUUGUUGGAGGAUUUAGGACCUUGAGCACGUUCGUCGGCUGGUUGGGUGGUGAUUUUGGAGGGUUAUUUUAUUUUGCUCUGUGGUUAGUGUUAUUGGGCGGUGAUAUCAGAAAAGGAUCGAUGGAGUGUUUGAAGAUAAUUCAAUGAAAAGCGUUUAGAGUGUAGCUGCCAUAAAGCAACGAAAUCAUUAUGCUAUAACACAAUAGCGAGUACACAAACUUCCGUUGCACCAGAAGAUGUUGCGUGACGUUUCGUUGGGUAAAUGUUGCAUGAUAUGCUUCGCAGUUUUUUGCCUCGUCUUUGCCGCUCAGCUUGAAGCAGUCACACUUUGUUCUGAUGUAGGUAAAUAUCACCAUAUAGAUCGCCGAAGCGUGUUUCAAUUCAAACACAAUGCCAGCGAACGUCAGCUCAGAAUGGGCGCGGAAAAACCCUCCAUAGUAAACGAUGAACGGGAUGCCCCAAGAACUAGACCACAACUUCGUUCCUCGAAAAACUCCAACGUUGCUUUCGAUCCCACGAAGUACGCUUGUGGGGACCCAAGUAUGACCGAAUGUGUUAACAAAACACAAGUGUUCAAGGCCAGGGUACUCUCUGAAUUCAGAAGGAUUUUGAAGGAAUCUUUCGAAGAGAACAACUACUAUCGGGUUCACUACAACAAACCUAUUUUCGAUGGAGAAAGCGAAUUGUGCCGGCUGAAACGAGCUGACGUUAGAACCCUCUCGUGGCGUGAUCCCCCAUUCAAUUGGAAUGAAAUUGGCAGCUAUUUCCCGUUGAACCCUUUGUUCAAAGAACGAAAUGCAUCAUGUGCCGUCAUAGCAAGUGCUGGAUCACUGAAAGGAUCGAGACUGGGCGAUUUCAUCGAUGAUCACGAUGUCGUGAUGCGAUUCAAUCAUGCACCCACGAAAGGUUUUGAGGUGGAUGUGGGUUCAAAGACAACCGUGCGGGUGGUGAACUCUCAGGUGGUCACAAAGAAAGAAUUUAAGCUACUCACUGCCAAGCAUUUUAGACACGUUUCGAUUGCGGCCUGGGAUCCGGGAAAGUUCGAUCAAAGUCUAGAAGAGUGGAUUAAAAGCCCGGACUUCAAUUUGUUCGAAAACUUUAAAAAGUAUCGUGAGAAGUAUCCUGGAUCAAACUUUCACCUUGUGGAUCCACGAAGCAUUUGGCGAGCAUGGACAGCGUUGCAGGAUAAAACACAUACGAAAAUCAUGAGAAAUCCUCCCACUUCAGGAUUUAUUGGGCUUGGACUUCUUAUUCCAGCUUGUCGGUACAUUGAUAUGAUCGAGUACAUCCCCAGUAGUCGUAUGAAUGGUCUAUGUCAUUAUUAUGACUCAGAGAUCAACUCUGCAUGCACCUUUGGAUCAUGGCACCCGCUAGCAGCGGAAAAGCUCUACGUUCUACAAAUGAACACAGCCGAUGAAUUCACGACCUUUCAGCGGGGAGUGGUGCGAAUCAGUCUGGACAGCAACAGUGGAUGUUGAGAAGUAUAGCACAUGUGCAACACGUGGAAAGUAAUAGAAGCUGUGGAUGCAGUUUUAUAGUACUGGUGCCUCGAGUGGAAGAUGGGCGAUUAAUUUAUUUAAUGUCUUUCAAUUGAUAAUUAUGUGAAAAUGCCAUGGACAUACGUCAUUCCCCUAUCAACAAGGCAUAAUAUAAGAUGGUUCAUGAGAGUU